AUGCUACAUGCAUCUGUCCAUCCACGCCACACUCUACACAGAAUGGAAUUCCAGUACUCGAUAGUGGCGGACAAAAAGCUGCUCAAGCCGCUGGCCGAGGCGCUUCUUUCUUCGAUUCUUUUCCAUCGGUUGUUCGGGUCGGUGACUCCAGACUCGCGCGAGCUGCUCAACAUCACAUAUCCGCACCCGUUGCUGGGCACGGCCAAGGAGAACCAGGAGCUGGCGCAGUUGCUGGACGAAAACGCAUCGUUGCUGUCCAGGUCGCUGGAGAACGGCGAGCGCGCCGACCUGGAGCUUCCCACGUGCCCAGCAGAGCUGCCCCAAGCCAAACAGACUGAGGUGGCACCGGUGGGCUCGGUACCGGGGGUGGUGGUUGGAGAGACGGACAUGACGGUGCAGUUUUUCGAAAAACGGACAAAAAAAAGCACCUGGUUUGGCAAAAACGACGACAAGCUGUGGGAGCAAUGGAGAGUGCGCAUCCAGGCCGUGACCUGUCGCAGUGAUGUGGAGACGGAAAAGAUGCGGGGUCUGGUCCAGCAACAGCUGCAGAGCAUUCUCAUGGCCAUGGCAGCUGACGUGAACGCCAACAAGGAUCAUAUUCCGCCCAUCACCACGGUUGAGACUAGUCCGUUCCCUUACAAGGUCGUUGUGAGUAAAGGCAGUUGA